AUGAACUUUACUCUUGCUGAUAUAUACGACUCUGCUGAUAUAUCAGAGCUACGUGCUAGACUUACCGCCGAUAAAAGAGCAGUCUUCUUUAGCCCAGUGGUUGAUGACAACGCCGACAAGUCACAGCAAAUACACAAUAAGAUCCAGGAUAUACUGACUUUAUGUAAGAAUUCAGUGGGACAACAACAACAAGGCUUUCAGUUACAUGGACUGUUCAAGAAACCCAUCGAGUUCCCUUUAUCGGGGAGGUUGAAAGGCAAGCUGCUGCAAAACAAAAUCCAGAAACUGUCCAUCACAUUUACGCUACUCAAGGAAAUACAAAGAAAUAUUGAGAAAUGUACUGCAUUUACCUCGAGGGAUAUUUUUUAUAGAAACGUUGAAUUGUUCAAAAGCCAACGGCUUGUGGUAGACACUGUGGAUCAUAUACAGAAAGCGCUAGGCUUGACGAUUAGAGAAGAUCUCAAUAUUACUGCUACUCAGAAAGGCCUCAUAUUUACGGCUGUUGAUAUUAUAAUAAACUCGUCGGACACCAAAAAAAUAAAGAUUACAAAAGGCAAGUCUCAAUUGAUACCACAAUUCGACAGUAAUGCCUUCAUAAUGGUCUGUAAAGAUGAUCCCCAAAUGAUCUUGAAAGUAUUGGUGAUUGAAAAAGAUGCGGUAUACAACACAAUAAUACAAAAACCUACAGAAGGCUACAUAGUAGUCACUGGCAAAGGGUACCCUGACAUGCUGACAAGAAAGUUCCUACAUAGACUAGAGCAAUGCAAUAGUAAUUUACAGUUUGUCAUUUUAACUGACCCUGACCCACACGGAAUUAACAUUGCCAUGAAAUAUCAGGGUUUUACAACAGAUUCUAUUUAUCCCUGUGCGUCAUUAAUUCGAAAGGGAAUCUCGAUACUAGAAUUGAUCGAUGGUCAUUCAUCGACAAUAGCACAGGUGCUACCAUUGUCUACACGAGAUAUCAAACUAGCUCAAAAUAUUCUGUUUAGCGGACAUUCAGAUUUAUACGCUAAUAUGAGAACUGAACUACAAAGGCAAUUAUUCUUAACUAAGAAAGGUGAAAUGAAUACUACCAUUAUCGAGCACUUACUCUCUAAUGAUAGAAUAACGAAUUACUGA